UGCACGACUCUCGCCUCCGCAGUGCACUACUGGACAGCGUUCAGCACAGGACAGCUCUGUUUGCACCGAGCAGCACUUGCGAGAGCGCGCAGCAGCACAGAGCAGGCUACUACAGGACAGUUUAGAUACAGUCACAGUGACGCGCCGACCAGUCACAUCCCACCAAGUCCCCCUUCGCGGCUUCUUCGGACGGGAGUGAAACAUGCUCCAUAUACACUGCGCGGCAACAUCACUGGAGUUAUUAUGAUCAGUUCACCUUCUACCUGCUCCUUGCAUAGGGUUUGCAAUUGAUUUGAGAUUAGAAGAUAAACACAGAUAAGGACUGUCGCAUCAUGGGUACCUUGUCGCUGGUGUUGCUGAGUGGAGUGGUGGUGUUGGCACUGGGCUCUAAGCUGCAGCAGGCGGUGCAGGAGGAGGAGGAGGAGUGUGAGUCGGACCAUUACACCCUAUCAGGGGAGUGCUGUUACCAGUGCCCGCCCGGCGAGGGGGUCAUCACGCCCUGCGGAGCCGGUCAGACCGUCUGUGAGCUGUGCCAGGACAGUGAGACCUACUCGGAGACGUACAGCCACACAGAGCGUUGUAAAACGUGCACCGAGUGCCUGAGCAUGAUGCGCAUGCAGACGCCGUGCACCGACUCCAACGACGCCGUGUGCGUGUGCGACUACGGCUCCUUCCUGGGGCCGGUGUCGGGCCGCUGCGAGCGCUGCACGGUGUGCCCGCGCGGCGAGGGCGUGCUGCUGGGCUGCGACCACGACCGCGACACCAUAUGCGAGCCGUGCCUGGACAGCUCGUACUCGGAGCGCGACAGCUCGCUCGACCCCUGCCUGCCCUGCACCAUCUGCGAGGACAACGAGGAGCUGAUGCGCAACUGCACGCCGGAGCAUGACGCCAUUUGCCACGACCCCAACGCCCCCACCUACUCCACCACCCUGUCUUACCUCUUCCCCUCGGAUGCCAACCCGUCGCUGCCCGACGACUCGCUGAGCCCCACCCCCGGGGGCGAGUCCACCACGGCCAACCCCAGCUCGCCGCGCUACAUCGGCCACGGCUUCAACGAGAACCUCAUCCCCAUCUACUGCUCCAUCCUGGCCGCCGUGGUGGUGGGCCUGCUGGCCUACAUCAUCUUCAAGAGGUGGAACAGCUGCAAGCAGAACAAGCAGGCGGCCAACAACCGCGCCGCCACGGCCAACCAGACGCCGUCGCCCGAGGGCGAGAAGCUGCACAGCGACAGCGGCAUCUCCGUGGACAGCCAGAGCCUCCAGGAGCAGCAGGCGGCCCAGCAGGCGCAGCAGGCCCAGGCGCAGGCGCAGAGCCCGGGGCAGGGGCCCACGCAGUCACUCUCCCAGACGCAGAUGCAGACGCACGCGCCCGAGCAGAUAGUGGUGAGGAUGGACGGGGCAGGCCAGCCGGACUCCCCCCCUGCUCAAGCCUGAGGAAGAUGACGGAGGAGGAAGAGGAGGCAGCAGCAGCAGGGGCGAGAAGAUGGCGGACGAGGGAGCAGGGAGCCGUUCUCAUCGUCCUCUCGUCGUGAGAAAAGGGGCGCGUUGUUGCCCCAUGUGAAGCACCUCUAGCAUGUGACUGGAUGGGAGCAGGCUCACCACCAGCCCUCCUUGGUGUGGACCAGUUGAACUUCCUGGAGCAUCCUGGUGUGAAAUCCUUCCUCAACCUGAAUGCUUCACCAAGCUCUGCUCACCAAACAUUAACCCCCCUCAACCCACACACACACACACACACCUACGCAGGCACACACACACACACACACACACACUCACACACACACACACACACUCACACACACACACACACACACACACACACACACACACACGCACACACACACACACACACACACACACACACACACACACACACACCUACACACACACACACACACACACACACACACACACAAACAGACUCUUUUACCACAGCAAUCACACAAUCCCUCUAAAAGACUUGGAAAGGCCCCCGGCCCCAAAGCCCUGUCAGUCACAGUGUUGAGCAUUCUCCUCCCCUUUUAUACACAGCCCAUCCUCACUUCACAACAACAACUGCAUCCCAAGGGGCUCCCAGCAUGUGAACUCAAUCAGUCCUACCAACAGUAGAGAUGCUACCGCUAUCACGCUAUAACGCUAUCAGACCAUAUGGACCCACAGCCUCCACCACCAUACACUCCACCCAUCACCUACACAGCCUCCACCACCACACACUCCACCCGUCACCUCCCAUAGCCUCCACCACCAUACACUCCACCCAUCACCUACACAGCCUCCACCACCACACACUCCACCCGUCACCUCCCAUAGCCUCCACCACCACACACUCCACCCAUCACCUACACAGCCUCCACCACCAUACACUCCACCCGUCACCUCCCAUAGCCUCCACCACCAUACACUCCACCCAUCACCUACACAGCCUCCACCACCACACACUCCACCCGUCACCUCCCAUAGCCUCCACCACCAUACACUCCACCCAUCACCUACACAGCCUCCACCACCAUACACUCCACCCAUCACCUACACAGCCUCCACCACCACACACUCCACCCGUCACCUCCCACAGCCUCCACCACCAUACACUCCACCCAUCACCUACAAAGCCUCCACCACCACACACUGCCCCAUCACCUGCGCAGCCUCUACCACCACCACCACACACUCCUUCGAUCACCUCCAUUGCAGCAUCACUGCCAACUCUGACCUCUGACCUUCCACUAACAGACGGGUGGAGCCCCUAAAAGGAUGGAGAGGAGUGCAGGGGCUGAGGCAAAGAUGAAGUUGCUCUCUCUCUCCCUCUCUCUCUCCCUCUCUUUCUCUCUCUCUCUCUCUCUCUCUCUCUCAUGCCUGUGUGCUUUUGUCCUUCCUCUUUUUCAUUUCAUUGCCAGAUUUUUAUUUUUCAUGGCCUUCCUGAUCACCUCAUCCUGCCAUCCUGCUGCUCACAUUCAUGCUGGCAAACAUGAUCAUCACACCACAUACAUAUGUGUGUACACACACACACACACACACACACACACACACACACACACACCACACACGCGUACACACAUACGCAGAUACACACACGCGCAAUGGAUGUGUCAUAUUCCCGCCAGCGCUCUCGCUAUCGGGGUUCAUGUUUCUGUUCACAUUGGCGCUGCCCUUGCCCUGGGUCUGCAGUGCGCUCUUGGGCGCGCUCCUGUUUUUCUUUCCUCCGUCUCCCUUUCAUUUUUUGCUCCUUCUCAGUUUCAUCCUCUCUUCUUCCAACUCACUCGCUCUCCUUCUCCCUUUCUGUUAUUCACUUCUACCGAAAUAACAUCUUGGCUCUCUGUCAAACUGCAGCAAGAGGAGCAUUAACUGUUGCACCGACUGCCUCAACUGCCAUCCAGAAGGGGAUUUAUCAUAGCUCCCAGAUCAGUGUCAUAAACUCAAUUCUGUAGGUGCAGCAUGUAGCCUGGGCCGAGAGAAGCUGACACCAGAUCAGCCGAACGACACACACGCCAGUAGCUGAGCUCACUCUUCUGUUACUCAGCUGCAGGUUUAGUCAGCCUCGUGCUACAGUCUACAACAGACGGAGUUCUUCUGACUCCAGGUGAUGUCCAGAUGAUGUCUGCUGGACAUUAGUGGACGUCACCCCCUCUCUUAUCAUCUCCUUUGGCCUUUUUAUAUUCCGCUUUGAUUUCUGUUUCGCGUGACUUGAUGAACACUCCAACCAACGGCAGCCAACACAAAUCCUAUCUGUCUCCCCGGCAUCUGUGAUGUAAUCAUAGAACAGGAAAGACUGCAUCCUGCGUCCAACCCUGUAGGGGGAGAGCGGGGGGGGGGGAGAGAUUGGCUCUGGAUUGAAAUACAAGCUCUGGGGUUAGUUUAGUGUUGCUUUUAGCCGAGCCCACAUCCAGAAAUGUCUCCUGUGUUUUCUGUUUAUAGUUCUCUUUCUCUCGCUCGUCUCUCGAUGGGCUUUGGCGUGGUGUGGCUUUCACAGCCAGCUCAGCAGUGGAGCUCCGUG